GAACUGUCAGAAAAAAACAAACAGAAGGAUUUUAUGCCAUUCAUAAAACGUAGUGUUUUACCUAUUUUCUUACAACGCUGAGUUAAAUUGAAAUAGCAUAAUAUUACUUAAAAAGGUGUUUUUAACUUUUCCUAGUUGAAUAACCUCUUCGUGAGAACCCGAUCAAAAUGCGCCACGCCAAAUUUAUCGCUCGCACAGUUUUUGUUCAGAACAAUAAUGUGGAGGAAGCAUGUCGUAUUUUAAAUCGAAUUCUGGGCAAAGAAGAGAUAUUCGACCAGUUCCGACGAACGCGCUUCUAUGAAAAACCGUUCCAGACUAGACGGCGAAUAAACUUUGAGCGGUGUAAGGCAAUCUACAACGAAGACAUGAAUAGGAAAAUUCAGUUUGUACUACGCAAGAACCGUGAGGAUCCAUUUCCAGGAAGCUCGUAAAUGAAUCCGAAACGUAAAUUUUAAUAUGUUAGUGAAAUUUAAAAUGAUUGAAAAGCUGUA